AUGAGGUGUAAGAAACAUCUUGCCGACCUGAGUAGCAGCGUCGGCGUCUGCUCCACUUGUCUCCGGGAGCGUCUUCUGGAGCUCAUCGCCGCCCAGGCACAGGCACAGGCGCAAGCCCAAAAGGCUCUAUUGGCCAGCGCCGUCGCUGACGAUUGCCGGAAGCCCGACCCCCCGCCGCUUAUUUUCCCUCGGUCCGUUUCUCCUUACGUCAGUCGGAGGAAAUCCGACGAUAAAAGUGCCACGUGGAUCCAACAUCAACGGGUCUACAGCACCCCUCAAGUGGGGCCCACUUACAGCGCCACCACCACCACCUAUUUUGAAUCCACUAGAUCGUUCAAGAAGAAGAACCGGUUCUCGCUUUUUUCGAAUCUGUUCAGGUCAAGAUCCGAAAAGUUCAAUUCGGAUCCCCAUAGGAUUAAUUACCAUCGGGAAUCGUGUGACGAGUCGUCCUCGUCAUCGGCAUCGCCAUCUUGGUUCGCAACAAUCUUCGCCGUUCGUCGGAAAAAGCAGCAAUCAUUGAAGGCGUCCCGCGUGGCAGAAUUUGACCAAUUCGGCGCCGGCGAUCGUAGAUCAUGCAGAGUCCUAGAUCGCGGAAUGUCCCCGGCCAUCGAAGUGGAUUCGGGAGACGAGUGCGAUCGACCGGCAACGGGUGGAUCGCCGGAGGUAUCUCCGCGAUGGAAACGAACGCCAACGGCUGCAAGGAAAUCGAGGUCCGGGACGAGGAGCAUGUCGGGAUUAGCGUUUUGCAUGAGCCCACUCGUAUGGGCGAGUCCUAACAGGCACUGGAAUCAGAAGGGCGGAUUGCCACCGGACAUGUCGUUCACCGGAGAAAUUCAACCAUCGACGAUGAAGCCCCACCUGGCGACCGCCGCAGGGUUCCGCGCGAACAGGUCCAGGAAGCUCGCUGAUUUUGGCAGAGUCAAUCAUAACCGUUGA